GUUAGGCAUAGCUUCCAAGACGAAGGGGGAACGUCUCCAGGAAGGACAAUUAAGGAUGGUCGUCGCUGUUCUAAUAGUACCUAGCCUGCUCGCCUCUAUCGUGUAUUUACGGCUUUCGGGUCGUAUGCGACAGUAUUACCACGAUUCUCCUGACAAUGUCAUAUCGAACCAUUGAGGCUGUGACCUGUGAAAUAAUAGAAAUUGAGGCCUGACUUCCAUCGAGACCGCACAAUGGCCGUUAGCAUGCAGCUUCGCUGCUUGCCACGACCUGACGGUCGCUACCUUAAUCGACAGGCACGCACUCGUCCGACAGGAUACACAGCCCACGCCUAUGGUCUCCGAGCUACGCGACGUGCGCAGCCUAUUGCGAUACUCGCGUCUUGCGGCAACCCAUAGGGGGAUAGAUGUGACCCGAACACACCGCUUGAGGGAUGCCAGGUAGUCGUCAAGAACGCCGAGGGUAUCAGGAUCCGAGACGCUAUCGUGAGCGUGUAAGCUGCAUUCCGGAGCGCAGCCGUGUAUAACCGUUGCCUAUGCAUGUGUGAUAUCAUGUCUUCUCCUUGUGCAUAAACCUGAAUCCACAUGUAAGUGCCAAUUGCGUACCAAUGCGAUCAUUCGACGCAAGCCGAUCCAUGAGAACUGUUAGGCUGCGAGCCUAGCACUGGAUGCUAGAUUCGCGAAUGCAUAGACAUCGUCCUAAUGCACAGGGGAUGCUGCGGAAGGACACGACCUUCGGAUUCAAGGGAAUCUGGUUCUUGGCGUGAGCAUUGCACCUAACGUAUGCGGUGGUUAGAUCACAUAGAUUCUACAUAAUUUCAAGCUAAAAUACUAGAGAUCGGAAU